AUAAUUAGACCACAAAGUCCUAGUGCCACGUGGCUAGCACCCAUGUUUUUGUGCUUUCUUAAGGUGGCUAUAAAUCAUCGUCCCACAGCACCAACCCAUGCAACUCAUCACAAUACUAUUCAUUGCUCUCUCUAGCAGAAAAAACAAUGGCUACUUAUGCCACCACCGCCACCGCCACCGCCACCACCUUGUUUCUCAUCCUUGGAAUGGCCACCACCACCCUUUGCCUCCAAGAAAAGGGUGUCCUCCAAAUGGCUCAGAAUCAUGUUUCUCAAGCCAAAAACUGGGUUGCAAACGCUUUGACAUUGCAUGGCUUUGAAAGCCUAAGCCUAAGCUUUUCUGAUCACCAAACAAGUGUUAUAGCCCUCAGAGACUGUUCCAAGCUCUAUGAGGAGAGUGAGUCUAGGCUCUCUCACAUGAUGUCUCAGAACAACACUUACACCAGAGAAGAUGCACUCACAUGGAUAAGUGCUGUGAUGACGAAUCACAGGACCUGUUUGGAUGGUCUGCAAGAAAAAGGGUAUCUUGAAGCUCAGAUUCUGGAUAGAAACCUGACCAUGUCGCUUAAACAAGCUCUUAUUUUGUAUUCAAGAAAUAAAGUCAUAGCCAAAGGACCACCACUUCAGGGAACAAUAUCCAAAGGUUCUGGUAUUUUAGAAUCAUGGAGUGAAGCAAGCUAUAAGCCAGAUUUCACAGUGGCUCAGGAUGGUUCAGGGACACACAGAACAAUCCAAGAAGCAGUGAAUGCACUUUCUGCAAUGGGAAAUAACCGUCCUGCAAGAGCAAUCAUAUACGUAAAAUCAGGGGUCUAUAACGAGAAGGUGAAUAUUGGACAGAAACUGCAUAAUGUGAUGUUUGUAGGAGAUGGCAUAGACAGAACUGUUGUUACUGGGAACAGAAAUGUAGUUCAAGGAUCCACCACUCUGAGCUCAGCUACAUUUGAUGUAUCAGGAGAUGGAUUUUGGGCUAGAGACAUGACAUUUGAGAACAGUGCAGGUCCAGAAAAGCACCAAGCAGUGGCACUGAAGGUUAGUUCAGACUUAUCAGUGUUCUACAGGUGCAGCUUCAAGGGCUACCAAGAUACUCUUUACGUGCUCUCGAACCGCCAAUUCUACCGUGACUGUGAAAUCUACGGCACCGUAGAUUUCAUAUUCGGGGAUGCUGCAGUGGUGCUACAGAACUGUGACAUCUUAGUGAGGAAGCCGUUGAGCCAGCAAUCGAAUUUUAUAACAGCACAAGGAAGAGAUGACCCUAACAAGAACACAGGGAUUGCAAUGCAAAGUUGCAGAGUUAGAGCAGCAUCAGAUUUUGCCAGCCUUAAGAAUUCCCAGAAGACAUUCCUGGGAAGGCCAUGGAGGAAGUACUCAAGGACCGUGUUCAUGAAGAGUGAGUUGGAUGAAAUGAUUGAGCCAAAAGGGUGGGGUGAAUGGAGUGGAAGUUUUGCACUUUCAACCUUGUUCUAUGGAGAGUAUAUGAACACAGGAGGUGGUGCUUCUACAGCAAAUAGAGUCAGAUGGCCUGGUUUUCAUGUGCUGAGCAGUGCUACUGAGGCAUCACCUUUCACAGUGAGACAGUUUGUGCAAGGAGAAAGGUGGAUUCCUGCUACAGGGGUGCCAUACUCUUCUGGAAUAUGAGUAUAUCUCAUCUGUGUUGCUGUUAAUUAAUUAAUAAUGAAUAUGCUUGCAGACUGUGGCACAGUUUGCAAUGCAUAUCAGAUAUACUGCCUUUUAAAAAUAUCAUGCUCCCAGAUUCCCAAA